UCACUCUCAUUCAAAUUUGCACCCCUCAGCACUGGGUCACAACACCUCUCGAACGUUCAAUUUCUGUUCUCUUUGCAGAUUCUGUUCUGUCUUCUCCUCCUUCUGUAUAUACGUUUUCACGUUCAAUUUCCUUUCUCUUUCCACAUUCUGUUCUGUCUUCUCCUUCUCCUGCGUAUACAUUUUCAUGCAUAAUGUACAUGGCAAGCUCCAGCUCUUCAUCGUUUACUUUCACCAAAGUUGAUUUACCGGUUCGUUAUUUGCAAAGAAUAAGAAAGAAUCUUUUACCCCCAUCUCUUUCUAGAAAGUCCUUGCUUUCGUACAGAACACCAACAGUUUCUCUCCCCCAUGUCUAUCGUCCUGCUACUACUACUGUUUCUCGUCUCGAUGAUCAUGUAAUUAAUGAUCCAACGAAACAAAACACCCCUCAACUUGAAGUUUGCAGCAGCACAUGGAACUGGAGGGGGUUCUCUAUUCGCUAUCAACAUUCUGGGAACAGUGGCCCUGCAUUAGUUUUAGUCCAUGGUUUUGGAGCAAACAGUGACCAUUGGAGGAAAAAUAUUCCAGUGCUUGCACGUUCCCAUAGGGUAUUUUCAAUUGAUCUUAUUGGUUAUGGUUAUUCAGACAAACCAAAUCCUCGUGAGUAUGAAGAGCCAUUUUACACAUUUGAGACCUGGGCCAUGCAGCUAAAUGAAUUCUGUAUAGAUGUGGUUAAAGACAAAGCAUAUUUUGUCUGCAAUUCUAUUGGAGGAGUUGUUGGUCUUCAGGCUGCAGUGAUGGAGCCUGAAACCUGCAUGGGCAUUAUGCUUCUAAACAUAUCUCUUCGUAUGCUUCAUACCAACAAGCAACCUUGGUACGGAAGACCUCUGAUCAGAUUAUUUCAGAAUUUGUUGAGGAACACUGCACUGGGCAAUCUUUUUUAUAAAUCUGUUGCCAGACCAGACUCAAUCAGGAGCAUUCUUUCUCAGUGUUAUCAUGACACCUCCCAGGUUACAGAUGAAUUAGUUCAGGCUAUACUUCUUCCAGGACUCCAGCCUGGUGCUGCAGAUGUGUUUCUGGAGUUUAUAUGCUAUUCAGGAGGUCCUCUUCCGGAGGAGCUAUUACCUCUAGUCAAGUGCCCUGUUUUGAUCGCAUGGGGUGACAAGGAUCCGUGGGAGCCCAUUGAGCUUGGAAGAACUUUUGGCAAAUUUGAUUCUGUAGAAGAUUUUAUUGUCCUCCCUAAUGUUGGCCAUUGCCCUCAUGAUGAGGCACCUCAUCUCGUCAACCAACUAAUUGAAUCCUUCGUGGCUCGUCAUGCUAAAACUAAAGCUAGUCUUUCUCCAAAGAUUAUCUAAUCACUUUCCAGUCAUGAAGGCAUAACAAGAACGCGUCGAAGCUGGGGGAUACUUUGAAAUGGAAUGUUUUUCUUCUAUGCUGCUUAAAACACAUGAGGCGGUCCUUUGUAGUGCACUAUUAGAUGUGAACUGGACAUUAAUUGCAUGAAAAUAUGAUAAUUUCAUGCAAUUAAAGUGGUGGAAUUGUGCUUUUGGCCUUAGCCUGUUUGGAAUUAAAGCCAAACUAUAUGAAAUGACCCAGCUGGAUUACAAUUCUAGGAUGAAUAUGAUUUCAUUAUUAAUGUUUUACUGUUUUGUAUAACAGGGAGAGGCCAUAAGUCUCUUACACCCAAAAGAUUGAGAUCGUGUUGAGUUGCUUUUUGAAUUACAUUGAACACGGAGAUCUUUGUCAAUGGAGCUUACCAAACACUAAAGCAUUUAACUCUGGACUGGGUGAAUGGCGUCCAAUGCUGAACUGCAUCACUAAUCCACACAUUUCUGAACAGGUUUAGCUCAAUUUUGGAUUUCAAAUCAGUAAAAAUUAUUAUUUUAACUUUUCAAACUUCAAGGCAAAGAAAGGAUUGGUGGUAUACCAAUAAUUCAUCAAGAGAGCUACUUUCCUUGCAUAUUGAGAGUAACUGUUUCCUUUUAUCAA